AAUGCAAAAGUAAGAAAAUUGAUAUUUUCAAAAAGGGUCCUUCCAUACGAUUGUUAUUGAAGGGUAUAUCCAUACAGUAAUGCCAUGUUCCCUUCAGAGGUCCCUGUUCAAGGGCUCUGCCCUUCGAAGUGAGUAGGGCAUAGGGAGGAUCUCUUUCGAUUGGAAUUCGUCAUGAGUCAAGCUUUUAUCUAGGUUUGGCGGUUGUUAAGGGCAACUACGGGCCCAGCCGUCAGCACGUCAAGUUUUAACUUAGCCUGUCUCAUACCUCCGGCGGUUUCAAUGCAAUUUCAUAAAUAUGAAUCCAUUUCCAAACUUAUUAGAUAACUGUCUCAUUGACACCAAGCAUGUAGAGUGUGCCGCAAUACUCGUGUCCAGAAGUGGCGACAUAACGGCUGCAUCCAAAAACUUUACACUCUCUCCAGAAGAAGCAGAAAUGUUUGUAGACGCGUUUAAACAUGUGAAUGUAACUAGGCAGAGAGGAUUGAACUUCCAGAACAAACUCUACACCUGUGUGCGGGCUGACAAACUCUCAAUAUACUCCAAAUGUGAAGGACAUGGCUUGAUAUUGGUGAGAACGUCACUGUAUGUGAUAAUUGCCACGUACUCAAAGAGUAUGUAUCCAAGUAUCUGCGUGGAAGCAGUUGAGAAACUAGCGGACUAUCUGCGUGAAAAGGGAAAAUGAAGCUCAUCGUAUCAAACCUGAAGAGAUGAAAGACUUGCAAAGAAGCUUUUUAUUGUAAUUACAGUUUUAUUGAUGAGAAACUUUGAACAAUACUCAAACUGCUUAUAGCCACAAG